AUGGUUCAAUGCUUAAAAGAAAAAGGGCAUGUAGUUGCUGUAACAGGAGACGGUACAAAUGAUGCACCAGCAUUGAAAGAAGCUGAUAUUGGACUUUCAAUGGGAAUUCAAGUGAAUGUAGCUGCACUUGUUAUCAAUUUUGUAGCAGCGGUUUCAGCAGGUGAAGUUCCAUUAACAGCAGUUCAAUUAUUAUGGGUCAAUUUUAUUAUGGAUACAUUAGGUGCUUUGGCUCUUGCAACUGAAAAACCUACUAAGGAAUUGAUGGAUCAAAAACCUGUGGGUAGAACAAAACCUCUUAUCACUAACAUUAUGUGGAGGAAUCUUCUGUCACGAGCUAUCUACCAAAUAUGUUUAAUGAGUUCAAUGCAAGGAAGUUGGAGAAGAAGAAUGUUUUUUGAAGGGAUAUUUAGAAGCAAAUUGUUUGUGGGAAUAGUUGGUGUGACAUUGGUGCUUCAAGUAGUGAUGGUUGAGUUUUUGAAGAAAUUUGCUGAUACAGAGAGAUUGAAUUGGAGAGAAUGGAUUAUUUGUAUUGGUCUUGCUUCUGCUUCUUGGCCAAUUGGUUUUGUUGUGAAGUUGAUACCAGUUUCAGAUAAACCAUUACUUGAUUUUCUGAGUGUGAAGAAGAGAUUAUGA